GCUCAGUCGCCAGUGGUGAUAUCGUUCGUCGAGCAAUAACCAGCAAACGACUCAUUUACAACAACUGAGAAAGGCAGACCGUCGUUACGUUCUCAAGUUACAGCACUCACUUACCUCUUCCUUCCUUCACCCUCUCCAUCGUUUUCGUCAUUGGUGUCCAGGCAUGGCUGAAACACUCGAGGAAUGGAUUAGCGAUUCUAAUCAGGUUUUAAACCUGCAGAUGGUUCGCACCCCGGAGGAUGCCAGUCUUCUCCAAUACGAAGAACAGCAGAACAUUGAUGUAUUCAAUCCUGCUUUUACGUACCCGAUUUUUGGCGAUAAUGAGAAGAUAUUUGGCUAUAAAGGAUUGGAUAUCAAACUUCAUUUUGCUUCGGGAAGCCUUCGCCAAUACCUUGAUAUAAGUUAUGAUGCUAAAUUGGCAUCAAGCACAACGCCCCCGGACGAGAUCGAAGGGGCUCUUUACAAAUUCAUCCCGCCAGAUUACACAAAAUCAGAGGUUGAAUUCCAAAAGAGGGUCGCUGGUGACGCGGAGACAUUCAAGCCAUUGGGUGAGAAAAUUGGAUCGUAUGCUCAUCCUUCAGCUGGAAGAAAGGGCAAAGGCCAAGGGGACUCGGGAAUGGCGGCAGGGAAAGCUAUCGAGGAUAACGAGGAUGUGGUAGAGUACGAAAUGUACAAGGCCACAUGGAGUACUCCUGGAUUCCGAGAAUAUCACCGCAGAAUGCAGAUAUUCGUCCUUCUUUUUAUCGAAGGCGGAAGUUACGUACAUGAAGACGAGGACGCCUGGGAAUUCAUUGUCCUUUACGAACGCCGUACAAGACCGGACUCUGGUAUCUUCACCUAUCAUUUCGUUGGCUACGUUUCUGUCUACCCAUUUUGGUGCUACCCGGACCGUGUAAGGCUGCGUCUGAGCCAGUUUGUCAUUCUACCUCCUUAUCAACAUCAGGGCCACGGCUCCAAGUUGUAUAACAUGCUAUUCCGACAUAUGCUUGAUCGGUCUGAAGUUGCCGAACUUACUAUAGAAGACCCUGCUGAGGCCUUUGAGGAUCUGAGAGAUAGAAACGAUCUAAGGUUUCUAGUGAAAGAGGGUAUUGUAAAAGAUCCAAUGCUGUAUGUCGACGUCGGGAAAGGCAAACGCGGGUCAAGGGUAGAAUGGGAGCUAGCUAUCCGCCGAAAAUACAAGAUAGCACAAAGACAGUUCGACAGAUUGCUGGAAAUGCUUUUAUUUCGACAGCUAGACAAGGGAAACCCUGACAAGGUCAAAGCGUACAGAUUACAUGUCAAAGCUAGACUUUAUCGAUUCAACUAUGAGAUGUUGUCGCAGAUGACGGUUGAAGAGAGGAAGGAAGCGUUGGCUAAGACUUAUGAGUCCGUUGUGGAGGAUUAUAAACGCAUCCUGGGGAUGACCUUCGGUUGAAUAUCUUAUGGCACUUUUACUAUCAUAAUGGACAGAUGCAUCCGGAAAGGCUACAGAGGCAA